AUGACCAAACGCGCCAAGACAAUGAAUAUCGAGCAUAGAAGCGAAGAAUAUAAUGUGUGCAGUGAAAGUAGUGCGAACGAAUCUCAAUCGUCCAAUUUGAACAAUCUAAUUCGUUCGUCAUCAGCUGAAUCCUAUGAUAAGAGUGUCUGUGGUUCGCUUCUGUAUACCAUACCGUCAAAUUCUUCGGCAGAAAUCUUUGCUUAUCUACGUCAUAGCAGAUUGGAUGCAUUCCAUCGUUCAAUGGACAUUCAUCACAAAGAAAUCAUUCUAAUGAAAAAUGAACAUGAACAAAGUGUGUUACAGAUUUUAACUAUUCAUGCUUAUCCCUAUCAUUGGAUACGUUUGUUACUGAUGCGUGAAUGUGAUCCAUGCCAUCAGGAUGCUGACGGAUACACUGCGGCACACUAUGCUGCUGAACGUGAUGAUGUAGAGAUGCUCAAAGCAUUAACAGUACAAUUUUCUUCACAUAUCAAACCGCUUCCAACGGAGAAAGUCGUGGCCAUCCACGAGCGGUGCUUACAAGCGUUGUCCAGACGAGAAAAACAUGGUAUGACGGUGUUUAUGCUUGCCUGUCAACACGAAUCUCUUCGCUGUCUUGAUUAUUUACAUGAAUUAAACAUUAAUGAUGUACAUUUAACAGAUAACUUCGGUGAUACAUGUUUACACUAUGCUGUUGCACGGCGCAAUGAGAUUUUGAUCGAAAAACUGCUCAGUCAAUUCAAUGCUGACGUUAAUGCUGGGGAACAAACUCGACCGAGCGUUCUCGACAUAGCAAAAUUCAACCGCGAACAACAGAAACCAUUCGCCCGUGUUAAAGAUGAUAUUAUCGAGCAGAUUCUUCUUGCUAAUCGUGCAGUAAGUCAUUGUAAAAUUCAACGUGUAAAUGGUAAACGAAAACGAUCAACCGAUCAAUCUGAUUCUACUGCGAUCAAUUCGGAAAUUCAUCCUGUUGAUUCGUCGACAACGUCGAUGCUUGAUACUGCAAGAAACUGUGCACAAAUUGCAUGUACUUACGAAUCGAAUCGUGACUUUACUAAUGCUCGAGAUUUUUAUCAACGGGCAAUGAGUCAUGCGCCGAAUGACACGCUCGACUGGGCAGAAUAUUCUUUUCGUGUAGCAACGAUUCAUAGGAUAUUUGGAGAGAAUCAAUCAGCAUUAGAUUUAUUGAAACAAGCAUUAGCUGUCCGACAACGGUACGAAAAAGAAAGCGAGCAGAUUGAAACACUUCGACGUGCGAUUGACAGUAUUGAUAAAACAGUAGAUGUCUAA